AUGCAUAAACCAUCCCUUGGCCAGAUCGUCUACAAUGCGAUCUUCCCUCGUCCUCGCACCAGUGAUCCGUCUUCAUGGUCGGCGCACAUUACUCGCAACCUAGUUCCCGAAGUCCGUAUCGAAACAUCCACUUUCUACGGCUCGUUGGAUUGCAUCGAGGCCCAGUACCCGGGGUUGGAUUAUUCAUAUGGCCCCCAUCGCAUGCGCCUGGGUCGAUUUCCCUGGCAUCGCAGAUUAUUCCGGACUUUCGACGAGCUUCGUCUGACAGAAGCUGAGAUCUCUUCUCUGUGUCGCUGGGAGGGCACCAAAUCCGCGCGCGAGCGUUACGAGAAGGAAGCAGGGGUUAAGGUUCAAGACACCACGGCCAACGGUAUUCGACCCGCGUCGCCUCGUCCCCUCCCAUCCAUCGAAGUCCACUACGAAGACGACGCUGAAUCCGUCGCGGACACUGAAUCGAUCACCGAAUCCCAAAGUGACGUUAUCAUCACCGACACUGAGACCACCGGUGUGAUUGACGAUCGAGGAGUGGAUUGUCCCGUGUCGCAUAAUGUAUCAGAGGAUGAAUCCAGCGAUGAGGAGAUGGAAAGCUGUGGCGUCGAAUUGAACCAUCGUCUUAUGGCAGCGACGGCAGCGCGAGAACAAGGUGUCAAUGUCCCGCUCGAUGAAGACUGGGAGCAAUGGCUGAAAGAAGCCGGCGAGCGUGGUAGCUACGCCAACAUGAUCAACGCGAUUCGAGCAAAUCAACCGCUGAGAUUCGUGACUUACAUCCCUCACUCUCCGCUGGCCCAUUCUAGUCGGACUGGUGUUUCCUCGACAUCAUCUCCAUAUCCGGGAUCUUACAUCCUUUCAGAUCCAUCAGAUCGGUCAACCCUUCGACGUACCUCCGUGCACCCUCGAGCGCGGUAG